UCCACUUUUCCAGUGUCCACUUGUCCACUUCUCCAUUCUUCCGUCUCAGGACAUGCAACACCCUCAGUACGCCCUCCGACUCGCAAGUUAAUGACGUUCGGCAGAGACUAUAGUAAUAUUGCGCAGUCUUGUGAGUGAAUAAAGAUGACAUCUACGUUUUUCACGAGCUUUACUGGAUAUGGGAAAACAGGAGUUCGAGUCCUGAAAAUCAAACGCUGCAAUGAGAGAUAUCACAGUAUAAAAGAGAUCGAAGUUUCCAUAGAGUUGAAACUCGAGGACAAGAAUGACUAUCUUCACGGGGACAACGCUUCUGUGAUCCCUACAGAUACACAGAAAAAUACCAUUUAUGCAUUGGCGAAAAAUAACGAGCUUAAUUCAAUUGAAGAAUUUGGUGUUACUGUAUGCCAGCAUUUCCUUCAUAACCACAAACAUGUAGAAAGUGUCUGUGUUGACAUUGAGGAAGCACCAUGGAAGCGAAUAAACCAGGGUGGCCAAGAGCAUGCUCACUCAUUUGUCAUGGAUUCGGAAGUCAUACGUUUCUGUCAAGUCACUCACAUAAGAGGAGAAAAGCCCAAAGUCUCUGGUGGCUUAAAAGGUCUGAAAGUGCUCAAGACGACGCAAUCAGGAUUUAAAGGUUUUCUCAAAGACCAGUAUACUGUUCUUCCCGAGGUUGACGACCGUUGCUUUUGUACUGUGGUGACCUGUAAAUAUGAUUAUGACAACACUGAUGUGGACUUCAACACAGUGUGGCAAAUUGUCAAAUCCUCAAUCCUCCAGGAAUUUGCUGGUCCAGCUCAUUCUGGUGUUUACUCAGCCAGUGUCCAGAACACUAUCUACUUAACUGAAGUCUCCAUCUUGAAUCAAGUUCCCCAGAUUGGUUAUGUAGAAAUGGUAAUGCCUAAUGCACACUAUUUCAACUUUAACUUGGCUCCUUUUGGAAUUGAAAACAACAAUGAAGUACUGAUGCCUAUGGACAAACCAUCUGGAAACAUUAAAGCAGGAUUGUCAAGGAGACAAAAGUCAAAAUUGUGAAUUAUUGAUCMGUAAAAAAUCCAAAAAUGAAGUACAGACACCUUAAAUUUUUGAGGGUGCAGUUAUUCAUACACUGUUGUUUUUAAUCAAAACAUAUAUUUCUAAUAAUUGCUUGAAGUGAACCAGGUAGCUUUUCAGGAUCAAACUGUUCUGUACUUAGGUGUGAUAUUAAAUUGCAUUAUUUGUAGCAA